CAAGACCUGUCAUUAAACUUGAUUACCGUUGAAAAGUUAAUUACUUCUACGAUUUCUACUCCGAAGUAAAACCAGUAAAACGCAAGAUGCCGAGGUCUUUCUUAAUCAAGAAACAUUAUAACCAUCAACAUCAUUUUAAGAGAUUGCAGCAUACGAUACUUAGAGCAGCAUUUAACCCUGCCACAGAUGUGAUCAGAAAACCUGUAAGACCAGAACCGCUUGCAAUUAAGUCAUUGAAUGAAAAAGUUAUUCAGUUGUGUUACCUAACAUGUUACCCAUCUCAUACCAGUUGCCAUGAUAACGGUUUUAAAAUCGCAGAUGCAGCGCCAACUUUACCAAUAACUUUACCUUCGGACAAUUCUCAUACGAUUUCUCAAGAAACUGUUACGAUAGUGCCAUCAUUAGCUAAAGAGUAUCCAACGAGAAAAAAGAAAGACAUUCAGAAUGGGGAUCAAAAAUAUCAUUGUCCAGAGUGUAACAAAGUGUACGUGACGGCCAGUGGCCUUAGCAAGCACAGACAAUUUUACUGCGAUGCACAAAGCAAAAAGAGCUUUAAGUGUAAAUAUUGCGAGAAAGAGUACAUGUCUCUCGGAGCCCUCAAAAUGCACAUCAGGACACAUACCCUACCGUGUAAAUGCAGCUUUUGCGGGAAAGCCUUCUCAAGGCCCUGGCUUUUACAGGGACACAUUCGCACGCACACCGGAGAAAAACCGUUUUCCUGCCAGCAUUGUAAGAGAGCAUUUGCAGACAGAUCAAACCUCAGAGCUCACUUACAAACUCAUUCGGACGUUAAGAAAUACUGCUGUAAAAAGUGUGGGAAAACUUUUUCUCGGAUGUCUCUACUUAAUAAACACGAGGACGCAGGAUGUUGCGCUCACGGAAGAAGUGAGAAGCAUUAACAACAACAAAAAAAAUAAAUAUGGAUAAAGAUAUCUAUCACGUAAUACUUUUUCGCUGUGUGCUAUAUGAACAAACUGAACUGCUUUUUUAAAAAACGUGCUAGGUUUAAAUAGUGGAACUAGUUGACCGGUUUAUUCCAUACUCAUUUGUUCGCAAGUAGUGUAUAAUUAUUAUUUACCUCAAAAAUUUAAGUCAGUGAUAUGUCGCGGGAGGGGUACGUAAGGAAUAAAUAGAAAAACAAAACUUGCUAAAUUCAUCGAUAAAAAACAAUAUGAACGGUUAUUAUUUGUUUUUUACGGUUUACAUAAUUGUAUAUUUAUUAUAUCUCCAACAUUAAUCAGCAAUUUAAAUGGCGCAGGAAGGAGUGUAUAAUAAUAAUAAUAAAAAGAAAAUGUGCUAGAUUUAUGCUAAAUGACCGAACAUUUGAACUGUUAAUACUUGUAUUUUUUGGUAUAGCAAUUUACCUUAAAAAUAACGUCAGCGAAUUAGAUGACGUGGGAAGGGUGAAUAAGUGAUAGGAUAAACAAGGGUUAACAUUUUUCAUUAAAUUGCAUUGAACCCCCUCUCAUUACAACUCUUUUGUUUUAUCACUUGUUAUAUAGCCCACUGGAUUUACUCUAUAGCUGCAAAAUAACUGUAAACUUGACUUAUUUAUUGAUUGUAUAUAAUAGUAUUUAUUUUGUUUUAAUCCUAUAUUGUAAAUAAAAGAGAUUUCUCUCUGACACAUUA